UGAAGAGCUGUCACUGGCAUACGUCCACUUUACAUCUUCCUCUUCGCGUCAUUGUUGCUAUAUCUUUCACUUUAUUUCAAUAUUUUCAACUUUUUCGCCAAAAUCAACACUGUGUGGCCAUGACAACGCCAAAGUUGGGCAAAUUGGUAAUUGAGGGAAAGACGAAGCGUGUCAUCGACCUGCCAGACAGUCCAGGUCUUGUGUAUGUCGAGAGCAAGGACCGAAUUACUGCCGGCGAUGGUGUCAAGGCGCAUGACCUUGAGGGCAAAGCAGCCAUCUCGACGGCCACCACAGCCAAAGUAUUUGAACUGCUCAAUUCAGCAGGAAUCCCCACGCACUUUAAGCAGCUGAACGGUCCUACAUCCUUCAUAGCUGAAAAGUGUGCAAUGGUACCCAUCGAGUGGGUUACCCGUCGGUUGGCCACUGGUUCAUUCCUGAAGCGCAACCCUGGUGUCCCUGAGGGAUUCAGAUUUGCUCCACCCUGCCAAGAGACUUUCUUCAAGGACGAUGCUAACCACGAUCCUCAAUGGUCUCAAGAGCAGAUCAUUAGUGCCAAAUUCACGCUCAAUGGCCUUACUAUCGGACAGGCUGAAGUUCUCGCCAUGCAGAGAAUGACCAUUUGUGUCUUUGAGGUUCUGGAACGAGCUUGGUCGACACUCGACUGCGCCUUGGUGGACAUGAAAAUCGAGUUCGGCAUCACUGAGGAUGGCCGCUUGGUCGUGGCUGAUGUUAUUGACAGUGACUCGUGGCGUCUGUGGCCCAGUGGAGACAAGAGGCUGAUGAAGGACAAGCAGGUCUACCGCGACUUGGGAACCAAUGUCACCCAACAACAUCUUGAGACUGUUAAGAGGAAUUUCCAGUGGGUUGCUGACCAGCUAGAAAAGCUUCUACCACAGCCCCGUGGAAGGGUCGUGGUCUUCAUGGGCUCUGCUAGUGACGUUGCUCACUGCCGUGAAAUCAAGCGCCACUGCACAGAACUUGGUGUGCCUUGCGAGCUUCGCGUGUCUUCGGCUCACAAGGGUCCUCAUGACACCCUCCGCAUGGCGGCCGAGUAUGAAGCAGACGCCGACCGGCCUCUAGUGAUCAUCGCCGUGGCUGGCCGAAGCAACGGCCUCGGUCCGGUGCUCUCCGGCAACGUCAGCUGCCCUGUUAUCAACUGUCCCCCUGGUGCGACCACCGGCAACGAUGUUUGGUCUUCCCUGAACGUUCCGUCAGGCCUGGGCUGCACCACUGUGCUCUAUCCUGGGGCAGCUGCCUUGGCCGCCGCCUCCAUUCUCGGCCAAACCGACCAUGUCAUUUGGUCCAAGCUGAGGGCCAAGCAGAUGAACACAGCUGUCGGACUGCUGCAGACCGACAAGAAUCUAGAAUAGAGUUUUGCUCGCCUUUGAGAUUGCCAAAAGCGGUGAUGGUUUGAAAAUCUAAGCGUUAUGAUCUUAUUUACUUUCUAUGGAAACUUUUUUGUCUUAACUGGGUCUAAACGGAAAUGUUGUUUUUCUUUGAAACAAUUUUUUGAUAAAAGUCAUUUCAUUUAUACUGUGUGCCAUUCCUGAAUGCAAUAAAUCAAAUUUAUAUUCCUUAAA